AUGAUUAUUGUCACUUAUGUUACUUAUAAAUUCAACAUCAACGGGUAUCAUACAAAAACUAUCCAAGAGAAGCGGGGUCUCAGGCAAGGGGACCCUAUCUCCCCUCUAUUAUUUGUUAUACUAAUGGAAUAUCUCAACAGGUGCUUUCAAAAAAUGCAGAAGAAUCCCAAUUUCAACCAUCACGCUAAGUAUGAGAAGUUACAUAUUACUAAUCUCUCCUUUGUAGAUGAUUUACUUCUUUUUUCUAUAGGAGAUUGUAUGUCGGUGGAGCUGAUUAUGGAGGCUUUUAAUGGUUUCUCUGAUUCCACUGGCUUCAAAUUAAACCCGGCAAAAUGA